AUCACAUGUGUCAGAGAGUCCACUGACCGGAACAGAAUUCCUUCAACUGGGGACUUGGAGGAACAGGUCAAUUUCCUAUUUCGCAUCUAGAAAAGUCCCAGUUCCCCACGAGGGAGGCGGGAGGGUAACAGCCGUCAAGGGGCACCAACAGUAGGCGUCAGCGUUAAUUUUCCUUUGCUGUCAGCAACCUCGCUAACCGUGUUUAUGGUGCCAGGGCAGGGUUGGCCAAGGUGACCACGCCUGAGGCUGCUGGCCCUGCCGUCCCUCCAGGGCCCCUCACCCUGGCCAGGGGCGGAUGGCAGGAGGACUCUGUCCGCCCUUUGCGCCCACCUCGGCUCUGCUUUUUUCUGCCUUCGCUCCUUCCCUUCGCACCGCACAGAAGCGGAGGACCCAGGCGGGAGCAGAACAGGCGGCGCCCGAACGGCCAGAGCCAUGGACGGCAGCGGACCCUUCAGCUGCCCCAUCUGCCUGGAGCCGCUCCGGGAGCCGGUGACACUGCCUUGCGGCCACAACUUCUGCCUCGCCUGCCUGGGCGCGCUCUGGCCGCACCGCGGCGCGGGAGGCACCGGCGGCCCGGGAGGCGCGGCCCGCUGCCCGCUCUGCCAGGAGCCCUUCCCCGACGGCCUGCAGCUCCGAAAGAAUCACACGCUGUCCGAACUGCUGCAGCUCCGCCAGGGCUCGGGCCCUGGGCCAGGGCCCGGGCCCGGCCCCGGGACGGCCUCGGCGCCGGCCCCGAUCCCUAGCCCAGAGCCUUCUGUGCCCAGCGCGCCUCCCAGCGCCCCGGAGCCAUCGGCCCCCAGUGCGCCCGAGCCCUGGCCCGAAGGCGAAGAGCCUGUGCGUUGCGAUGCGUGCCCCGAGGGCGCGGCCCUACCCGCUGCGCUCUCCUGCCUCUCGUGCCUCGCCUCCUUCUGCCCCGCGCACCUGGGCCCGCACGAGCGCAGCCCGGCGCUCCGCGGCCACCGCCUUGUGCCCCCGCUGCGGCGGCUGGAGGAGAGCCUGUGCCCGCGCCACCUGCGGCCGCUGGAGCGCUACUGCCGCGUGGAGCGCGUGUGCCUGUGCGAGGCCUGCGCCGCCCAGGAGCACCGCGGCCACGAACUCGUGUCGCUGGAGCAGGAGCGCGAGCUCCAGGAGGCUGAGCAGCCCAAAGUCCUGAGUGCGGUGGAGGAACGCAUGGAUGAGCUGGGCGCCAGCAUUGCACAGUCCCGGCGCACUGUGGCCCUCAUCAAGAGUGCAGCCGUGGCAGAGCGGGAGAGGGUAAGCCAGCUGUUUGCAGAGGCCAUGGCUGCCCUGCAAGGCUUCCAGACCCACGUACUGGCCUUCAUCGAGGAGGGAGAGGCCACCAUGCUGGGCCGCUCCCAGGGGGACCUGCGGCGACAGGAGGAACAGCGCAGUCGCCUGAGCCGAGCCCGCCACAACCUCGGCCAGGUCCCUGAAGCUGACUCAGUCAGCUUCCUACAGGAGCUGCUGACUCUCAAGCUAGCUCUGGAAGAGGGGUGUGGCCCGGGGCCUGGGCUCCCCACGGAACUCAGCUUCACUAAGUCCUCCCAAGCUGUCCGCGCCGUGAGGGACAUGCUGGUGGCAGCCUGUACCGGCCAGUGGGGGCAGCUGCAGGGGCUGGGCAUUGACGAAGAUGGGCUGCAGAAGCUGGGCUCUGAAGCCGAUGCUGAAUCCCAGGAUCCUGACAGCACCAACCUCCUGGAAAGUGAAGCCCCCAGGGACUACUUCCUCAAGUUCGCCUACAUCGUGGACCUGGACAGUGACACAGCCGACAAGUUCUUGCAGCUGUUUGGGACCAAAGGCGUCAAGAGGGUGCUGUGCCCCAUCAAUUACCCGGAGUCGCCAACCCGUUUCACCCACUGCGAGCAGGUGCUAGGUGAAGGCGCCUUGGACCGGGGCACCUACUACUGGGAGGUGGAGAUCAUUGAGGGCUGGGUCAGCGUUGGGGUCAUGGCUGAAGGCUUCUCCCCGCAAGAGCCCUACGACCGGGGCCGCCUGGGCCGCAACGCCCACUCGUGCUGCUUGCAGUGGAACGGGCGCAGCUUCUCCGUGUGGUUCCACGGGCUGGAGGCACCCCUGCCCCACCCCUUCUCGCCCACCGUGGGCGUCUGCCUGGAGUAUGCCGACCGUGCCCUGGCCUUCUACGCGGUGCGGGAUGGCAAGGUGAGCCUGCUGCGGAGGCUCAAGGCCUCACGGCCCCGCCGCAGCGGUGCCCUGGCCUCGCCCUCCGACGCCUUCCAGAGUCGCCUGGACAGCCACUUUGCCAGCCUCUUCAGCCACAGGCUCAAGCCUGCCUUCUUCCUGGAGAGCGUGGAUGCUCACCUGCAGAUCGGGCCCCUUAAGAAAUCGUGCAUUUCCGUGCUCAAGAGGAGGUGAUGCAGGUGGUGGCACGGCCACCACCCUCCCCUUCCCCAGCUUCCUCGCUGCUGGAGAACCCCACCUUUCACACACCUGGCCUUGUGGCACAGAGGGAGGAAGACCCCUGGACACAGGACCCACAGGCAGGGUAGGGAGGGGGCUACAGCCAGGCCACAUUGCAGCUCCUGCAGUGCCCCCCCGCCCAGGUUUCUAGGACAAUGCCUGGUAUACAGCAGGUACUCAAUAAAGAUUCAGCGAAUGA